AGCCUCAGAGAGCUCAGAGAGAGAAAGAGGUUUGGUUCCUUUCUUCUAAUAGAUAACUGACGAUGAGCUCCUCCUCCGAUCUCUCUCUCCACAGCGAUCACAUCCAAAUGCGGUCCCCCAGCCCUAAUACUGUAACCGGAUCCGGCAAUUCUCUCACCGAGAUCACCUCCCCUCGCCGUCGCCACCACCCCUCCGCCCAUUCCGGUUGCUGGUGGACCCGGCUCCUCCGACGAUGGAAGUUCCGCCUCGGCGGUGACGCCGACGACGAACGGGCGGCGGGGGAUUGCUACGCGUGCACGCAGGCGGGCGCGCCGGCGUUCCAUUCGACGAGCUGCGACGGCGCCCACGCCCUCGAGUGGGAGGCCGGCGCCGGCUCCUCCCUGAUGCCCAUCCAGAACACCGCCCGGGCCUCCGCAUCGGGUGCCGGCGAGCGGCGGACCGGGAGGCGGCCGGCGUUGGUGUUCGGGGCGGUGCUGGACCCGCGGAGCGGCGGCGUGCAGCGGUGGAACCGCGGGCUGCUGCUGGCCCGGGCGGUGGCGCUGGCGGUGGACCCGCUGUUCUUCUACACCGUCUCGCUCGGCGCGAGGCCGACGGCGGCGGCCGCGGCGGCGUCGGAGGGGGGAGGGUGCGUGGUGGGAAUGCAUGGGCGGCUCGGGGUGGCGGCGGCGGCGGUGCGGACGUGCGCGGACGCGGUGCACGUGCUGCACGUGUGGGUGCAACUGAGGCUGGCGUACGUGUCGCGGGAGUCGCUGGUGGUGGGGUGCGGGAAGUUGGUGUGGGAUCCGCGGGCCAUCGCCUCCCAUUACCUCCGCUCCUCCAAGGGCUUCUGGUUCGACCUCUUCGUCAUCCUUCCCUUACCCCAGAUAAUCUUGUGGUUGGUGCUGCCAAAAUUGAUUAGAGAGGAAGAGCUCAAGCUUAUAACAACCGUCCUGCUAUUAAUUUUCUUGUUCCAGUUCUUCCCCAAGGUUUAUCACAGCAUAUGUAUGAUGAAGAGUAUGCAGAAGGUCACCGGCUACAUAUUUGGAACCAUUUGGUGGGGAUUUGGGCUCAACCUUAUUGCUUAUUUCAUCGCAUCUCAUGUAGCUGGGGGUUGCUGGUAUGUUCUUGCGAUCCGACGUGUCGCCUCAUGCCUCCAACAGCAAUGCCAGAAGAACAACAAUUGUGAUCUCAUGUCGAUAGCCUGUUCGAGAGAAGCCUGUAACCGGCCUUCAUUACCAGCUGGAAUCGAUGAACUAUCUUGCAUUAGUAAUCUGACAUCUGUUGGAAACCAAAAUCUCCAUUCAUGCUUAAAUGUAGAUGGGCCAUUUCAGUAUGGCAUAUAUGAUGCAGCUCUUCCUGUCAUGUCCAGCAACUCACUUGCUGUUAAGAUACUCUACCCUAUAUUUUGGGGCCUUAUGACUCUCAGCACUUUUGGCAAUAAUCUUGCACCAACAAGCCAGUGGCUGGAAGUGAUAUUCAGUAUAGCAAUAGUGCUAAGUGGCCUAAUGCUCUUUACUCUAUUGAUUGGAAAUAUCCAGGUGUUCCUGCAUGCAGUCAUGGCAAGGAAGAGAAAGAUGCAAUUAAGGUGUCGAGACAUGGAAUGGUGGAUGAAGCGAAGACAACUUCCCUCGCGCUUGAGGCAGAGAGUCCGACAAUACGAACGCCGGAGAUGGGCCACAAUGAGAGGAGAAGAUGAAAUGGAGAUCAUCAAAGACUUGCCAGAGGGCCUAAGACGAGAUAUCAGGCGCUAUCUCUGCCUUGAUCUCAUUAAGCAGGUGCCUUUGUUCCAGAGCUUGGAUGAUCUUAUCCUUGACAAUAUAUGCGACAGAGUUAAGCACCUUGUCUUCUCCAAGGAUGAAAAGAUUAUUAGAGAAGGAGAUCCAGUACAACAAAUGGUUUUUAUCGUUCGGGGGCACUUGCAGAGCAGUCAAAAGCUCAGCAAAGGGAAGGUAGCAACGUGCAAGCUAGGCCCUGGAAACUUUCUAGGGGAUGAGCUCCUUUCAUGGUGCCUACGUCGCCCAUUUAUGGAUCGCUUACCAGCUUCAUCUGCUACCUUUGUUUGUGUUGAGCCAACGGAGGCCUUUGGCUUAGAUGCAUGCCACUUACGCUACAUCACCGAGCAUUUCAGGUAUAGAUUUGCAAAUGAUAAACUCAAGAGAAUAGCAAGGUACUAUUCAUCGAACUGGAGAACAUGGGCAGCAGUUAACAUACAACUCGCAUGGCGCCGUUACAAGGCCAAAACUAGAGGUGUGGUGAUCCAACCAUCAGAAUUCAGUGACAGCGAACGCCGUCUUCGGCUUUAUGCUGCAAUGUUCAUGUCGAUGCGACCACAUGAUCACCUUGAAUAGUGGAGAAGAGCUCACUUCUGAGCUGACACAUUUCUGUGGGAGCUAUCCAAUUUGCUAGCAAGGAAAAUAAAUAUCAAGAAGAUGGAUUCCCUCUGGAACAAUGAGAGAAAGAUAGAGAAUAUUUCAUCCAGAAAAAUGCAAAUGAACAGAUUGCUUCUUUUGAAGAUGAGAAGAAUGGAGUAAUUUUCAUUGUUUUCUGAAAAGAAUAAAUUCAAUAAAGAUACUUGUUCUAUAGAACUCAA